GAAUAUGUUAAGGUGUUUGCGAGUAAGCGGUUAUAAUCUAUUUAGGUGGCAUUAAUCACAGAUGACAGGUGAAAUAGCUAAACAUAGAUUUGUGUAUGUAUCGGAAGAGAGUGGAUGGGAAAGAAAUGCUGGUAAAUGUUUGGAUAAAAUGCUGACACCAACCCCAUUCCUCAGAAAAAAACUAAUUGUCCCUUUUUGGCGAUUUGUCACGAUUUAAAUUGCCAAGAGCCUAGUGAAAGGACUGCAGAUAGUCAUUGCUUCUCCAGACAUUGAAAUCUUAAGAGCUCGGUAUGUCUUUAACAACGAUUCUCUUCACAGCUUUGCUGGGAACUUGGCAGACAAGGUCUGCGACGUCUUUGGGAGCGAACGACAUCAGUAAGAUAAUCCAUGGAGUAGAUUUCAGAGAAUCCACGAAACCUUUUCUCAAGAAGUUACCGUUUCUCCCGAUGAGGGUCCAGCUGAAUUGUUCUUGCGCACGGGAAAUCGAAGAGAUCCGAGACCAACUUAAAUAUGAAGUGUCGCAACGUAUUGAAAUGCUCGGUACCAUCGAGUUGUUUAUUAGCGAAAUAUUUAAUCUGAAGACCCUCGUCAACUCGAAGGUCGUUUCUUCACCAGUUGAACCUAAUACAAUCCAAGCAACAGCGGCCGCAGAAUUUGAGGAAAUAGCUUUCAGUAGCAGACUUAGUCAUCACUUAACAAACUUGAAGCCAGAUCAAAUAGUCAUUUUUGACCAACUUCUUACAAACAUUGGAAGUGCUUAUGACCACACAACUGGAAUUUUCAAUUGCCCCGUAUCAGGAACUUACCAAUUCUUUGUGAAAAUCUUGUCGGGUUUCAAUGACAAAGUGGAGACUGCACUUAUAGUGAACACCAUUGAAGUGACCCGACUCUAUUCUGGUGCCCAACAUGCCCAUGGGUCCAGCACUGCUCCUGUUAUCAUCUUGUUGGAAAAGGGGGACCAAGUAUUUGUAAAAGCUCUUUAUCAGAAAUCCAGCCAUGUUCAUGGUGUCUACAGUACAUUUAGUGGAUACCUUCUCAGACCUAUCUAAGCCAAUCUAUUUUCUAGCUUGUCGAGAUUAGAUUUACAUUUUCAGGUCCACAGAACACAAACUUCAUUUACAUUAAAAUCACUCAAAAACAUAGCUUGGUCAUAAUAGAAGUCCUCUAAAACUUAAACACUCAUAGAGCAAAAAGUAAGCUUUCGUCUAGUUAAAUCCACAUGGCGGUUUCAAUCCUUGCUCAAAGCUAUUUCGUUUCACUUAUGUUGCUAUUAAUGCCCACAGGAAAAGAUUCAGGGUCACAAAUUCUCUUUUCCUGAAACAGGGUUUGGUGCUUGAUCAAAGGAAACCUAUAGUUUCGAGACUAGUUAUUAUUAGUUAAGCUAGCAUGGUCAGAUUAUAAACUGCUUCUGUUUUAGCCCUGCUAAGUUUGAAUAGCUUAUCUCCUUGGUCAAACCUGAUCAAGUAGAUCUAUGGUGCUUAGGCUGUUGGUUUAAUGAAUGGUACUAUCUCCAGAUCUUUCGUUCCAGUUGUGAUACUCUUCCAAAACUAUAUUUUAAAGGGAUAUAUUUUUGAGAGAUGACUGAACUGAAAAUUUAUUUCUGCUACAUGAGUUUUAAUGCACUUAUAAACUGUGCUACAGUCUUGGAGAAAGGCAAGUUAAAAAUUUCCCAAACCGGCUGAGAGCUUAGUAGCUUGUAUUGCAAAAGUUACUACACAAACUCUCAUUUGACCCAAUUUUCAUAACUGUAAAUGUUUGCCUCCGGCAUUAAGCAUAUCUGACAACACUAUAAAAUUAACAGCCAUUUUAUUAGUUUGGGAGGAAACUGGGCCCUACUAAGGUGACUUGCCAGAGGUAUGAAUAUAUUGGGUGACCAUCCUGCUGCCAAUCUCUCAUAUAUAAAAUAGAAAGGAAACUAACUGUCACCUAGAGAUAUUAACUCUUUAGCAUUCAGAUUUCUCCAUCAAAUGUAAUGCUAAUUUAUUCACAUUGAUAUGAAUUAGUCAUGCAUUACCUUGUAGCUGUGAGAUUUCAAUGACAUGAUAAUUUAAUUUUCGAGUAAUAUUACAGGGUAAGUGUGAGAGGCUGGAUAUGGCUGGUUUAAAUGUGAAAGGGUUAAAGUAAAUAGCAAAGACAAAAUGGUUUAGUGACAGAAAUGAUAUAUGUGAAAGAGAUCAGUGAUGCUCUGAUGAGGUAAUUACUCUUUACUCUUUUACUUGUUUCAGUCAUUUGACUGUGGCCAUGCUGGAGCACCGCCUUUAGUCGAGCAAAUCGACCCCAGGACUUAUUCUUACUAAGCCUAGUACUUAUUCUA